AUGAAACAAUCUCAAAUCCUUCCCACGCCGCCAAGUACUCCACCUCACUCGAAGAUGUCGUUGCGCACACCAGCCCACAAGGGACGGACACCCUCCAGAGUGCACUUCGACCUGCACAGGUUCGUCCACCACAGCACCAAUCUCCACGCCAACUCCUCCUUCAUGAGUGAGUCCGGCCUCUGGACCCUCCCCGGCUUCGACGACGACGACGAAUCCUCGCUGAAGACUCCGACCACCAAAACUUCCGCCAAGACCGAGAACCGAUGGUCGCGCCUCCUGCAAGGCGCGGCUUCCUCCAAUCGUGAGAGACACCGUGCUCGCCUUGAGGGCGACGGCUGGGCCUUCAUCGGUGGGCGGUACAGCGAUGAGAUGCAGGAGCUGAGCGAUGGGAGCGGAGAGAGUGUCGAUGAGGAGUUCGAUGUUGUUGUUUUGGCGAGGGAAAGUGUGGGGUGUUGA